AUGCCUCCGAAAAAAACUAAGAGAGGAACCAAAAAGGAAAAAAAAGUCGAAGCUACACCCGAAGAGAAUUUAGAAGUUGAAGAAAAGGUUGGCGUGGAUGAAACAGAACUGGGUGUAAAACUGGAGGAAGAGUCAGAGGAAAAGGGCUUGGAAGUGGACGUGGAAGGACAAAUGGACCCUUUCGGACAACCAACGGACUCUGAAGCACAAAAAUCCGAGGAAGAACUCCCUAACGAUGAUAAUGAAGCAUAUAUGGAUGUCGUAAAUGUAGACUUGAGUAUUGAAGAGGACCCUGGAGUGUUACAGCAGCAAGAACAGCAAUUUGAAGAAGAGGAGCAGACUGACGAUUUACUGCUGGAAAUGGGAGACCUGUUGAACGCAUUAGUGCAGCUUUCGUCGGAACUUGAAGAGAAGGAAGAAGACGAGGAAGAAGGAGCUAUAAGGGAAGACGAAGUGCCAUUUGAGCGCCUCCCGGAACUAAACCCAGAAAGCAGCGUGCUUUUGUUGGUUAACUUGCCACCAGAACUGGAUAGCAGCAGAGUACUGAGCCUGUUCAAGGAUUCAAAGUUGGUGACGAGCGUGACGCUGAUAAGUAAAACGCAAGUCAAGGUCUUCUUCAGGUCUCAGAGAAUAGCCGCAGAGGCGAAGAGCAGACUCGACAACAUAAAGUUAUACAAUCGCAGACUGCAGGCACUAUACGCCAGGGACAUUUUCGCAAACAACUACGUUCCGCCGCCAGCAUACCCGCCAAUGGCACAGCCGCCGGGAAACUAUAACAGAAUGCCAAACAAUUUCCAAAACAGGAACAACUUCUUUCCACACGUGCCUCCGCCGCCAAACAAGACGUACACGCGUCUGCCGCAGGACAAAGGAAAGUUGAUAUUCAACAAGUACAAGCUGCUGAACGUGACGCUGCAGCAGCUGCUGCUUGAGUUCUACAAUAAGAUGAACCUGGUCCCAGGCACAGGCAAGUCCAAGUGGGACGAGACGAAGAGCUUCUUUGAAAACCAAGUGGCAUUCGACAGAGUGUACCAGAAACUGGGGAUCACAACCAGAUAUAUUCUAAUAGGAAACCUGAAAGAAGAUAUUAUGGAGAACUCGGAGAGCGUCUACGACUUCCUGUCGAGGUUCACGAAUAACUCGUACACGUACCAGAUAGUGAAGUUGCCGUACAACUACGCGAGUCGUCCCGAUAGCGAGUCCCUGGAGGACAGGAAGUGGCUGCACGUAGUGUUUGAAAAAAACAGGGACGGAUCAGGCUUUUUUAACAAGCUGAACCACCUGAUAAACUACAAAAGGGAACAGGGGAACAUGGAGGCAGAGGACCCGGACAACGUGAAGGACCUCGUUCUCAAGUACUCGUGUCCCCUCAGCGCCACGGAGAGUCUCUGGAUAAGCAACGUCCACGAGUUCUGCGGGUACUUUAAGAGCGAAGAUGACGUGUACGGCUUCUUCAACAGCCUCGGAGUGGUUAAAAACUUUAAGCUGGUGUACGACGCGGGCUGCAUAUUCGUGACCUUCCAGAACAAGGAUAUAACCACGAGAAUAUACAACUUCCUGAACACUCUCUCACCUAAGAGGGUCAUCAAGGUGUCGAGCUACACAAACUCGAGAAACAACCCGGGAGCCCCGGAGAGAGUGGACCUAGAAGCAGAGCUGUAUCCGCUGGAGAAGGAUACAGAUGUGCUGAAUGUGGACUUCAGCGGGAAGACGGAAAACAGCUUCGUCCUGGGCCAGAAGCUGCUCAACGCAAUAAAGAGAAGAGCAGACUCCCAGGAGGUUAUCGAUAGACUGCUCAAGUCAAACGAUAUUUCAAACUUUAUGUCAGAGCCGCAGUCGAAGAGGCAGAGGACACCAUACCCCAGGGAUUCAUACAGGGAUAGCUACAGAGAAGGCAGAGAUAGCAGGGACAACAGAGACAGCAGGGACCUUAGAGAAGGGUAUGGCAGAGACAGAGACCGAGAAUUCAACCGAUUCAGGCAGAGGUACCCCAUCAAUAAGGAACGUGUGGACCGCUUCGGACGCACAAUCAGGAACUACGACAGGAUGAGGCGGGACGAGCCGUGGAAAGGACCAAAAGGCCACCCAAACGACUCGGUGCAUCCCUACAGGGACCCUGGCGCCAGGGACAGCUACCUGGAGCAGCCUGGCGCCAAGUUGGGGGGGCAGAAGGGUGUCGGCCCAGGCCCUGAAGUCGACGCGCCGAUCGACGCAGAGCCGUUCAAGCCGCGCUCCCCAGAGCGGCCGCCGCCCGAGAGUCCCGCGGAAGGCGGGAAGCGUGAGAUGAUAUACAGCAAGCUGCUCAAGCGCGGCAAGUACAUCUGCAGGGUCAGCUGCGCGUUCGUCCGCGGAGACUACGACUCGAAGCUGCCCGAGAUGCUCGACGUCAACCAGCGCGCGAACCCCGAGAGGCUCAAGAACUGCCUCGCCAAGUCCAGCGAGCUCUCGCUCUGGCAGCUCGGCGCAGACUCGAAGGACGACAGCGAUAAGUACGACUCCCUGUGCGACUACCUCAUCUCCAAGAACCGCGUUGCGCUCGUGCAGCAGGGCCCCUACGACGUGUACAUUGUGCCGCCCAACGACUCCUACGUGGAGAUGCUUCAGACUCCAGACGCCAACUUCAUGUACGCCUAUCUUCUCCCUAGGUCCCCCUGA